CUCGCUGCCAAGACUUGUGUUUACAGAAGAAUCGGUGAACAGUCGGCCUACCGCUCCAUCACAAACCCCUCGGCCUCCCCACGCUCUACCGCCAACAAACACGUUAACAUUCUCUGUCCAAUCACGUGACCAAAUGCGUCUCUAGCUAUGUGUGGUCACGUGACCUCCGUUAUGUGUAUGAUGACCAGUAUACUGGUCGCAGCAUCGUGUGUCCGUGACUGCUCCUCGCCUCCGACUGACAUGGAGAGUUACUCCUCUCGGCUAGAGAAGUUUAAAGCAACGCAGGUUAUCAAGACCCGAAUUCUUGGCGGACUCGGUUACAACGACCGGCCGUUCCCUGCCACUUCAUUAAAGAAGUCGUCUGCUUGUCAACUUUUGAAUAUUGUCAAUGAUGAAUCAACGAAGACCGACUCGCCAAAGGGAGAUUACUACGCCGAAUUGCAGGAAGUGAUCAGCUUUUCCGAACCGGCAGAUAGUUUCCAUGACGAUAACAUAAUACAGUUCAAGGUGGUCAGAGACAGUCAAGGGAGAAAACUCGAGGUAAAAAGUGCCAAUGUACUUGUGAAACUCAAAUACAGAGGAUCUAAGAAACGAAGUCGAUCAUCUUGUAAAACAAAGAGCAGACGUUCUUAUGUCAAAAAAAAGCAUCGUCGGUCAGGGUGUCAAAUAACUAUUGUAUUGUCCACUGUGGGAGAGGACGGAACACCCGGAAAGGCAGUGACGUCAUUACGAGCUGAUGUCAAGAAAACACACUGGUUUAAAUUAGGAAUUCCAAAACAACUUGUAGAAAGUGCAAUGCUUUCAAAAAAUCAAAUUUUAAAACUGCAUAUUCUGUGUCGUGGGUGUAGACGACGUGUUCAACUUGUUCUUGUUCACGGAAGUAAACGACGGCGAAAGUCAAAGGGAGACAAACGGAAGGGAUCAAUGCGAGUGAUGCGCCCUCGCAAACGACCCAGAAGACGACUCAGCCGGACACGCCCUUUCCUGAUUUUGCAUACAAAGGUGGAAACAUAUAUUCGGUCUCGCCGUGAGACUUCCGGUAAUGAAAACACAUGUACGGGACAGGAUAUGUGUUGUAAGUCUGACCUUGUGUUUAAUUUUCAUGAGAUAGGCUGGAAUGACUGGAUUUUGUAUCCGGCCUCGUUCACGACCGGUAUAUGUUCAGGGGGAUGCCCAUUCGUCCCGCUAGGGCAUCGGGACCAGACAACAUUAGAACAUGCACACUGUAAUGCUACUCAACUUGCACCACUGCGGAUGAUGUAUUAUGAUACAAGUGGAAGUAUACUGACGAGUUCCAUACCUAAUAUGAUAGUGGAGAGGUGUGGGUGUCGAUAAACAUAGAAUCCUGUCCACUUAUGUCUACCACAACCGAAAAUUUCUGUCUCUGAAAUUCUACUUUCAUAACCAUAACGAAUAAGACAUAAAAACUGAAUAUAUAAUUAUUUAUCAUGAAAGUAAGCUUGAAAUUCUUAUAUCACAGCCAGGAAUUUUCGUCUAGUAGUAGGCAUACAGUAUGUUUUAGCCAAAAUGUUGUUUGAAGUGGAGCUAUUAUGAGAGAUAAAGAUCGAAACGUUA